AAGAUCAAAGAACAUUGCUUCCGUAAAGGUUUAUUGGAGGGGAACCUUUUAACUUGGAAAAUAAAAUCAACAAUCCCGCAAACUAUUUCUCAUUCUUUUUCUUUAGAAGUUAAAAAAAAAAAAAAAAAUUUAUGCCACGUCUUCUCAAGUCAAUCUUUAAAGAUAACCCCAGAAACUCAGAAUCUAAAAUAAAUAUAGUUAACAACAGAUGAAACAAAUUUCUGGACGAGCUUGAUAAAUGGGUAAAUCUGCUAGAGCCUCCAAAAGAAAUAGAUAUAUACAUUUAGAUGUUUAUGUGUGAUACAUAAUAACAAAUAUACAUAUAAAAAGUAAAUAAAGAGAGAGACAAAGAUUUCAACAAAACAAACUUUAAAAGAUAUUUGAUUCUGAGAAAAGGAGAAGAAAGAAAAAAACAAAACAAAGGGAAAUCAUAAAGGAACGUGGGACCUCAAAAGGAGUCCCCUAAUAUCUUGAAAGAAAGGGAAGGGAAAAGAGAGAAACAACAAGAAUUGAUUUUUUUCUGAGAUUAUGAUGAUGAGCCAAAAGAGCAGUAGUGGAGAGAAAAAGGGGGAAGAAAAGGCAACAGUUGUAGCAAUAGACAAAGAUAAAGGAAGCCAAUAUGCAUUAAAAUGGGCAGUUGAUAAUCUUCUUGGCAAAGGCAAAAGUGUUACUCUUCUCCAUGUUAAACUCAGACCUUCUAAUUCCAUUCCUAAUGCAGAUGUUAAUGACGGAACUCCCAGAGUAUAUAGAAGUGAUCCUGAUAGUCAAGCAAAGGAAUUGUUCUUACCUUUCCGUUGCUUCUGCAACCGCAAGAAUAUCCAUGUCAAUGAAGUUGUAAUCGAAGGCAUAGACAUAGCAAACUCCAUAAGUGACUAUGUUGCAGCCAAUGUCACAGAGAAUCUGGUGGUAGGAGCUGCAUCAAGGAAUGGUUUCGUUAGCAGAUUCAAGACGAUGGACGUUCCAAGCUCUGUCUCCAAAAUUGCACCUGGCUUUUGUACAGUUUAUGUGAUCGCGAAAGGCAAAGUUCUAUCAAUACGUAAUGCAUCCGCUCCUGUCCCCAAUCCACCCCCUUCCCUGCUGCAGAAUCAGACCAGCUCCUCUCUUGGUGCUAAGCUUGGCUUCAUUGAGGCACGUUAUGCACCAAGCAACGACUCAAGAGGAAGUAUGGCUGAUAGGUCACCGUACGCACCACGAAGUUCAACUGAAGAUUCAGAUUUCAUCAAGUCCCCAUUCAACAGAGGUAAACCUGUAAACAGAUCAUAUGGAGACCUCUCAGUGGCAGAAUCUGACAUAUCAUUUGUGAGCUCUAACCGUCCAAGCUCAGAUUGUACAUUUCCGAUCUCCUCUGACAGUCACGAUUUGGGUCUUCCCCCUCGGCUUUCAAACAGCUCAGACACAGAUAAUAGAUUUUCUGCUCCUCGGCUUUCAAACAGCUCAGAAACAGAUAGCAGAUUAAGCUUUGGAUCAUCAUUCUCAGCAACCAGGUUAUCUGAAGUUAAUGCCUUCUCAUCAAAUUCUUUUGACAGUGCCAACGGAUCAACCAAUAACCUGGAAGACAUUGAAGCGGAGAUGAGAAGACUCAAGCAGGAGCUCAAGCAGACCAUGGACAUGUACAGCACAGCAUGCAAGGAGGCACUUUCAGCAAAGCAUAAGGCACUGGAACUUCACCGCUGGAAAGUAGAAGAAGAACAAAGAUUAGAAGAGGCACGAUCAGCUGAGGAAGCAGCACUGGCCAUUGCAGAGAAAGAAAAAGCAAAGUGUAAGGCAGCCCUUGAAGCUGCAGAAGAGGCACAGAGGAUCGCCGAACGGGAGGCACAGAGAAGAAUCCAUGCAGAAAGGAAAGCAUUAAAAGAAGCUGAAGAGAAGAAGAAGGUAUUGGAUGCCCUUGCACAAAGUGAUUGCCGCUACCGUAAGUAUACAAUAGAGGAGAUUGAAGCAGCAACGGAUAACUUUGCAGCGUCUCGUAAAAUUGGGGAAGGUGGAUACGGGCCGGUAUAUAAGUGUUGCUUGGAUCACACGCAGGUUGCAAUUAAGGUUCUUCGUCCUGACGCUGCUCAAGGAAGGUCACAGUUUCAGCAAGAGGUUGAAGUUCUAAGCUGCAUAAGGCAUCCAAAUAUGGUUCUUCUACUUGGAGCCUGCCCUGAAUUUGGCUGCCUAGUGUAUGAGUACAUGGCCAAUGGGAGCUUAGAUGAUCGCCUCUUCCGAAGAGGAAACACUCCA